AUGGACGCGAAGCCGCGCCGCCCGCUCAACGAUAUCUUCGUCGCGGUUCGACGACCAGAGCCUGAUUGUGACGCUACAGCACGAAGCCGACUACGAAGUUACUCCCUUCGACGCACAGCCGUACCGUGCCUGGGCGUCCAGCGUCAGGGCCGGGUUGGGCCCUACCUUCUCACACAUCUACUAGGGCACAUUUUGGUAGCCAUAAACGGAACAUUGGCCAUGACUCUGCGCAGCCCGCUCGCCGAGAUUUUCGUCGCGGACGAACAACGAGAGCGGGAUUGCGGUGCUACGGCACGGAACCCGUCACGAAGUGACCGCGACGAGAACCUCGUGGCGCCAACGAUGUUGUAA